AUCAGUCAGACACUCGGCUUCCGCCGCCCUGUUCCUGCUUCCGUUUACUUGUAUGUAUAGCGCCCGUUGUGUGAACGUCUUUAUAGCUCGCUCUAGUGAUGUGAAGCUGCCAGAUCAAGCUCUGAGUAUAUGCCCUGUAGCUGCAAUCCUGGGGGCAGGUGCUGCUCUCCUCUUGCCCCUCUGACGCUGGAAGCACAACAGGUAUAUUUAUCGACAGAGACUAAUCACAGAGCCCAGAGAUGGAAAUUCAGACUGUGCAGUUAAGAAAUCACCCCAGGAGACAGCUAAAAAAGUUAAGCGAAGAGAAUCUCAACAAACAACCUGAAGAGGUUUUUGACAUUCUAGAAAAACUUGGGGAAGGAUCCUAUGGCAGUGUUUUUAAGGCAAGUCACAAAGAGACAAGUGAAAUUGUUGCAAUUAAGCAGAUCCCCGUGGAGUCUGACCUUCAGGAAAUCAUUAAGGAAAUAUCCAUUAUGCAACAAUGUGACAGUCCCCAUGUUGUGAAAUAUUACGGCAGCUAUUUUAAAAAUACAGAUUUAUGGAUUGUCAUGGAGUACUGUGGAGGCGGCUCUGUUUCUGACAUAAUCCGAUUAAGGAAACAAACGCUAAAAGAAGAUGAAAUUGCUACAAUCUUGCAGUCAACUCUUAAAGGACUUGAAUAUCUUCAUUUUAUGAGAAAAAUACACAGAGAUAUCAAGGCUGGAAAUAUAUUGUUAAAUUCCGAAGGAAUUGCAAAAUUGGCAGAUUUUGGUGUAGCAGGCCAGCUUACUGAUACUAUGGCAAAGCGAAACACUGUCAUAGGAACGCCUUUCUGGAUGGCUCCAGAGGUCAUACAAGAGAUUGGAUAUAAUGGUGUAGCAGAUAUUUGGUCACUUGGUAUAACUGCAAUUGAAAUGGCUGAAGGGAAGCCUCCGUAUGCAGACAUACAUCCAAUGAGGGCAAUUUUCAUGAUACCAUCAAAUCCACCUCCCACAUUUCGGAAACCGGAACUUUGGUCUAAAGAGUUCAUUGACUUUAUAAACAAAUGUCUUGUUAAAAAUCCUGAACAGCGUGCCAGUGCUACUGAACUAUUGCAGCAUCCAUUUAGUAAAACAGCCAAAGGAGUAUCCAUUCUGAGACACUUGAUAAAUGAAGCCAUGGAAGCGAAGAUCAAACGGAGUGAGUUACAACAGCGUGAAGAGGAUCUAGAAGAGGAGGAAAAUGGGGAAGAAGACGAUGUUGAUUCUGGUACAAUGCUUCAAGCAGGAAGCAAAGGCAGGAACACAAUGGAAAACUUUAGUACAUUAAUUGAAGGUGCCGAUAAUACGAUGGUGGAAAAUGACCGGUUGGAAAGUCAACUGGGUACAAUGUUAAUCAAUGAUGAAGAUGAGGAGGAGUCCGGUACAAUGAAACAAAGUAACGAGCCUGCACAACCUGUAAGACCAUCAUUUCUUGAAUAUUUUGAGCAGAAAGAAAUACAGUUUAGUACUCCAGAAAAGAUGACUCCAACACAGCCUGCAAAUUCAACUGAAUGGAAAAUACCUCUUAAUGGAGACUAUAGCUUUCUGAAAGAAUGGAGUGUAGCUGAACUUCAGGAGAAACUGAGCUCUCUGGAUCCAAUGAUGGAACGUGAAAUUGAAGAAAUUCAUCAGAAAUAUCAGUCAAAACGACAACCAAUUCUUGAAGCAAUUGAAUCCAAGAAACGGAGACAGCAACAUUUCUGAGGAAUUUACUUGCUAUUAUGACUCUGGCUUAUUUUAAUACUAUUUUUUACUUUUUUUAUAUUUUUUUAUACGUUUAAUAUAUUA